CAUUGACAAAUAUGAGAAAUGUCAAAAUUAACUGUACGUCUCGUGAACGUAAUAAAACUCUUCUCUUUCCACCACGACAAUUUGCGAAAUCUCGGCGAUCGAGUGAUAAAACUACAAUUUUUGACAUUUCUGAAGGCCAUAACGAAUUUCGGUUCGGCCCCAAAUGUCGAAGACAAAGUCACGAAAUACUGGACUGGUAAAUCAGUCGACGAGAUCAUCGCCGAAGCCGACAUCCUCUUCGACCAAGGCAAAUACUUGCAAGUUUACGAAUUAUUAAACCGUUUGAAAUUUUGCAACAACAUCGAAGUGCAAUGGCGAAUCGGUCGUGCCCUCUUCAAACUCUCCCACGAACACGAAAUCACCGAAGAAAUCCGCAGGGAAAUGAUCGAUGAAGCGUACGAAAUCAUACAAAGUAGUCUCACAACAGCGGAAAACUCCCCCAAAAUCCACAAAUGGGCCGCUAUCAUCAUCGACCGCAAAAACGGAAUGAAAGGUCUUGAACAUCGAGUGAAAAACUCGGAAAUUGUCAAAAACCACCUCAUUAGAACCUGCGAAUUGGACCCGGACGACGUCACAGCCCAGUAUCUCUUAGGUCGGUGGUGUUACGAAAUGAGCAAUAUCACGUGGUUUCAACGCAUCAUUGCGAAAUUGUUAUACGGGGAAGCACCGAGAUCAAGUUUCGAGGAAGCCAACAAGUAUUUAUCAAGAGCUGAAGACUUACAUCCCCGAUUUUAUCUACAAAAUACGUACUUGUUGGGAAAGACGUGUCUGAAAUUGGGGCAGUACUACAGGGCCAAACACUAUUUCGGCGUCGUGGGGAAUUUACCCGUUCAUAACGAGUAUGAGAAACAUUGUGCCACCGACGCGAAAAAAUUACUAAAACGUUUAGAUAAGUACAGUUUGGAGAAAAAUGCGCUUUUUUACGAAUAUCCCUUUGGUACAAACGAGUAAAUUUUUGUGUUCAUUUUGGACUCACCUAGCAUCAGAGGAACGGCUUGAAAAUCGGGAUCAUCUUCGUCGAACAAGAUGUCUUCCUCAAACUCGGUGAAUCCCUCAAGUUUCGUGUUACUUUCAACUCGCAACAUCUGAAAUUUGAGGAAAUAAAAAGGUCAUCAUCUUGAACUUGAAACGCUCAUUAUUACAGACAAAUCGAGUUGGCUUAGUUACCAUGGAUUUUUCCAAACAUAAACAAAUCUCGUUGCUAUAGUUAUAAAGUAAAAAAACAAAAACAAAAUGGCGAAAAGUGACGAUUGGGUGCAAUUUCGUGGCAUAUGUUGCUAAUAAUAGCUUUCUUUUUCCAGUUAGAGUCGCAUUCCAGCUUGACCUAACCUCAAAACCUAACGGUAUUCGUGUCAUUUUUGCGUGAUUAAUGUUUUUCCGUUUAUGAUUUAUCGUGGAAAAUUACCUUUUCUGUGGUAGAAAUGUGGCUUUUGGUGUUUUCUUUGUGUUGGUUGCACUCAGACACACACACACACACGCGAGCAGUCGACUAGAUGCACCAGCGACUGGAAUGAAAUGCCAUUCAGGUCGAAGACUUUUAAAAUCGAACGGUGGUAUUAUCGAAAGUCGCGAGAUUACGAGAUAACGUGAGGAAAAUAGUCGAUUUUUAAACGAGUAAUGCGAUUUUCUUUGCGAAAAAGUGCUGCAGUUGCAACUCGAAAUGGUCAACAACUGGCGUUUCGACAUACAUUUAUUUUGUUUUGUCAUUGCGAUUAAUAAACGGAUUGAGUGUUGUGUUAUUACACAUGGUGGGGCUAUUUUCAGACGUUGUGAUAGGAAAAAAAUGACAUUUUGAGAUAAGGGGGCCAAAAUUUCGAUUUCACAACGUGGAAUCUUGGCGAAAUUGCGAUUUUGUAGAGUGGUGAAGGUCAAGGUUAAAAAUAUACGUUGUCAAUGAGUGUUUUUGACACUUUUUGACAAUAUUGUUAAAUAUUUGUUUUCGUUUUCGUAAAGGAACAAAACUGUGUCAUUGUUCAUGACAUGUUUCAAUGUCAUUGUCAAAAACAUGCUAAAUAAUGUGUGGUCAAGAUUAUUUAUUUCUGCCAAAUCAUGGUGCUUUUUAAUAAUAAUUAAUUUGCUCUUAAAAAUAAAUAAUUAAAAAAAUUAUGGUAAGAACUCACUUGCCUCUUCGUUUACUUACUCAUUUAUUAUAGGCAAGGACAGGGUAGGUUAUGGUUGUCAAAAACAGCUACAGCCACUUGAUUUUUGUCAAAAAUCUAAUAGUUUUUGACAUUAAAGCAAUUUGACUUCUAUUUUUAUGGGAAAAUGUGUAAAUUACAUAAAUAAAACUUAAAUUUAUUUUUUUUACGUUAAAAUUAACCCAUUGUCUGACAUGGUGCUUAUAAUUUUUAAAUAAUUUUUGCAAUAUUUUAAUUUUUUAUUUUGUCUAUCACCUACAUAUUAUUUGUGAACUAUUAUGUUAUUAUUUUUGUUGGCCCCUCUAAUCCGAUAUCCUUAUAAUUUUUAAGUCUCGCAUCUAGCAGGUGAUUAAUUGGGGAAUCCCCGAUUUCAAUAAAUGGACAAAUGGCGACAUUUUCUUGGUUAAUUGCUUUUUGAGUUUGUCCAAGACAUCAUUUUGUCAAAAAUGUGUUUCUGACCCGACUUGGAAUUGUCUUAUUGACCGAAGGGGGCUGUGGUUUAAAGACACACUGAAGCGAUUAUGUUAUUAUUAUGUGAACGUUUUUUCUUCUUUUUUGUCAAAAUAAAGUAUACAAUUCUUGAG